GUGGGUGAAGAAAGAAAAGACCUUGUGAGAUUAAGGAUUUUCCCCCCGCUGGUCUCCCCUCUUCAUCCGUCCGUCCAAAAGAAAAACAGUAAUGACCGGAGAGUAAGCUCUGCUGAAUAUAUUUUUGUCAUCAAUUAAAUCAGCGUUAAUGCAUGCGCGCUCUUAAUUGCCAGCUGGUAAAGUGCGUGUUGACACGCACGGGCGCGAGGAAGCAGUUCCCAUCUCGCCCGCAAAGCCAAAAGUUUCUCUGACUUCAGGUGUCUCGCGGAGCGCAGGGGAGGCACGAGGGAAUUACUGGCCGCUUUAUCGAUAGCUUCAAAUGCAAUAUGAUGGAUCGAUGGAGUCCAGUGCGCGAGACAUGGCUGCUGUUGCUGCUCGUCUCGGUGUUUCACAUCUCAACGGCAGCGGAUCCCAUUGAUGUCCUGAAGAUCCUGGAGCUGUCGGAGGACAUGGAAGGUGUGUCGUUGGAGUCAGGACUGUGCACCAGCAGACAGGGAGGAGAGGAGACGGACCUCUCCUUUAAAAUCGACAAGAAGAUUCAACUGAGCGCGCCCACCAAUCAACUCUUCCCUGAUUCACCAUUCCCUGUGAAUUUCUCAGUGAUGACAACAGUCAGAGCUGUGAAAGGCUCACAGGUCUUUCUCCUCUCCCUGUAUGACUCGCAGGGCACGCAGCAGCUGGGUGUGGAGGUCGGCCGUUCUCCUGUCUUCCUUUAUGAGAACCAUGAGGGUCAGCCACCUCCAGAACUUUACCCCACCUUUAGAAAGAUCAACCUGGCUGAUGGCAAGUGGCACAGAGUAGCCUACAGUGUGGAGGGUCAGUCAGUGACUCUCUACCUGGACUGUGUCAAACAGGACACCCUGGACCUGCUCAGAGGUCAAGACCCCCACGUCAGCACUGAGGGGGUCACUGUGUUUGGAACACGACUGCUGGACGAAGACGUGUUUGAGGGAGACAUCCAGCAGCUGCUGAUCGCUACUGACCCCAGGGCAGCAGAGACGUACUGUCAGGAUUACAUCCCAGACUGUGACUCACCUUUGUCCUACAACAGCAUAUUAGUUGAGGCCGUGGAGGUGGAGAGAGUACCCAAGAAACAUGUGGUGGAGGAGUUCGAGGAGUUUGACUACAGUGAUCUCUAUGAGGACAUCUCGGUUUCCACGGUGACUGCAGGUCCUAAUGUCACUGAGUAUGAGAUCGUAGAGUAUGAAGACUAUGACAACACAACAGAUUACGACCAUGUGAACGAGUACGAAUACCAGGAAGAAUACGAUGAGCGCUACGGACAGGCCGAGAGAGAACAGGUGUACUCUCUUAACACACAGGAUAUACCAGAGAAAGGACAAAAAGGAGAGCCAAGCGUUUUGGGAGCGGGAACGCAGAUUACUGGACCACGCGGGCCACCAGGACCUGAGGGAGAGCCAGGGCCUCCUGGAAUCACAGGGCCAGGAGGACCUCGAGGAGACCCCGGGGAGCUGGGCCCUCCAGGGCGGCCAGGCCUUAACGGAGCUGAUGGAAUACCGGGCCCCCCAGGAAACGUCAUGCUUAUACCGUUCCAGUCAGGUGGUGAUCCAAAGACAGGCACUGUGGUUUCUGCGCAGGAGGCGCAGGCUCAGGCCAUCCUGCAGCAGACCAAGCUGGCUAUGAAGGGCCCUCCAGGGCCACUCGGCCUCAGGGGAAGACCUGGGCCACUGGGUAACCCAGGUCCCUCCGGGCUUAAAGGGAGCAAUGGAGAUGUGGGGCCAAAGGGUCCUCCAGGGCAUGGAGGUAUGCCAGGUCAAAACGGACCAGUCGGGAAAAAGGGUCGAGCAGGUUCAGAUGGGGGCCGUGGUGCCAUAGGAGAAGCUGGCGCAAAGGGGGAUAGAGGGUUUGAUGGCUUACCAGGUCUCCCUGGUAACAAAGGACAUAACGGGGAGAGGGGUAAGCCGGGCCCUGUAGGUCUUUCUGGAGAGCCAGGUGAAAAGGGCUCUCAGGGGCCAUCUGGGCCAAGAGGUCAACCAGGUGAUGCUGGUUCAAGAGGCAUGACUGGUCCCAGAGGUCGUUCUGGUCCCCCAGGCCAGCCUGGCAUUCGAGGAAUUGACGGGGUUCAAGGUUCAAAGGGAAACAUAGGAGCCCUAGGAGACAUCGGAGCACCCGGACAGCAAGGCAACCCUGGCAUUGUGGGUUUCCCUGGUCCUCAAGGGUUAGUAGGGCUGCCAGGAGAGAAGGGGCCUCAAGGGAAGAAAGGGACGCAGGGCUUACCUGGAAACGACGGGCCCUCGGGUCACCCCGGAAGAGAAGGUACUCCAGGUGAAAAAGGACUGCCGGGUCCUUCAGGAGUGCAGGGGCCUGUUGGAUACCCUGGACAACGAGGAGUCAAGGGGGCAGAUGGAAUCAGAGGAUUAAAGGGAAGCAAAGGCGAAAAGGGAGAGGAUGGUUUCCCUGGAGCUAAAGGGGAGAUUGGAGCAAAGGGGGACGAUGGAGAAAACGGAGCUGAAGGUGGUCGAGGAGAAGAUGGGCCUGAGGGCCCCAAAGGACAGAUGGGUCCUCAAGGAGAAGCUGGCCCUUCUGGCACUUCUGGAGAGAAGGGGAAACUGGGAGUUCCUGGGCUGCCAGGAUAUCCAGGGCGACUAGGGCCCAAGGGCUCUGAUGGAUUUCCUGGUCCAAUGGGAGCUGCAGGAGAGAAAGGGAAGAAAGGUCCUGCAGGACAGCAAGGAGCCGCAGGCCAGAGGGGUCCGAAUGGUGCACGAGGUGGCAGAGGUGCAAAAGGACCUACAGGGAAAUCAGGAGAAAAGGGCGUCUCAGGACAGGAUGGGCCUUCAGGAUCUCCUGGUGAAAGGGGGCCUCAAGGGCCGCAAGGACGGAAUGGAGAGUCAGGACCUAAAGGAUCAAGCGGUCCUGCUGGGAAAGACGGACUUCCAGGUCACCCAGGUCAAAGAGAGAGCCAGUAAGGAUUCCAAGGGAAGACAGGACCUCCCGGACCCUCAGGUGUUGUGGGGCCACAGGGGAAAUCCGGUGAACCCGGUCCAACAGGCGACCGGGGUCACCCAGGGACACCAGGUGUACCUGGAGAGCACGGUUUACCUGGUGUUGCUGGGAAGGAAGGUGGAAAGGGAGAUCCAGGUUUACCUGGGACCUUUGGGAAGAAUGGCCCUACAGGACUGAAAGGGUUCAGGGGGAGCAGAGGAGCCCCUGGAGAUAUGGGACCUCCUGGUCUGAAAGGAGGAUCUGGACCUACUGGAUCGCCAGGAGCAAUAGGGUCGACAGGUGAAAGAGGCCCUCCAGGACCAGCAGGUGGCAUCGGACAGCCCGGUCGGGCCGGAGCGAUUGGAGGACUUGGACCAAUGGGAGAGAAGGGCGAGCCUGGAGAAAAGGGUCCGAUUGGACCAGCCGGUCAGGAUGGAGAUCAGGGACCUGUAGGAAUGCUUGGGGCUAUGGGCCCUGUAGGACCUGCAGGAGACGACGGAGAUAAGGGAGAGCAGGGACAAUCUGGGCAGAAAGGCAGCAAAGGAGACAAAGGGGAAGCCGGCCCCUCAGGCCCUGCUGGCACUCAAGGUGUAAUUGGUCAGCCAGGACUUCCGGGUAUAGAUGGACUGCUGGGCCCCCGGGGCCAGCAGGGCAUGUACGGUCCCAAAGGAGAUGAGGGACUUCGUGGCUUCAAGGGCUCUAAAGGACCAAUAGGAUUACAGGGCAUGCCUGGCCUGCCAGGAGAGAAGGGUGAAAGUGGACAUGGGGGGCUAAUGGGUCCACCUGGUCAACAAGGCCCCUCUGGUCCUCAAGGACCUAUUGGGGGACAGGGUCCAACUGGUCGACUCGGGAUGAUAGGACAGCCAGGUAUUGUUGGAGAGAAGGGUGAGGAUGGCGAGGGAGGGGACCCUGGAGCAGUUGGCGUUCCAGGAAGACUCGGAGGAAAAGGAGACCAGGGGGAGAAGGGAGAUACGGGGCUUCCAGGAGCAGCUGGCCCUCCAGGAGCCAGGGGCAUCACAGGGGAGGAUGGAGCCAAGGGCAAUGCUGGUCCUCCAGGUCUCACUGGGGACCUCGGGCAGCAGGGAGAAGCUGGACCCAAUGGUGUGGAUGGUCUGCCCGGUUCUAAAGGAGACCUAGGAGACCCGGGGAACUCUGGACCACCAGGAGCGGCAGGAGAACCUGGACCAUCUGGACCUCCUGGGCGAAGGGGCCACUUGGGAAAACCAGGGAAGGAAGGAAAGGCUGGUCUGAAAGGAGGGAAGGGUGCGUCCGGUUUGGAAGGUCCCAUAGGGAAGACAGGGCCCGUAGGUGCCCAGGGACAGCCUGGGAAGCCUGGCCCUCAAGGCUUAAGAGGGAUCCCCGGCCCUGGUGGAGAGCAGGGUUUAAAUGGACCACCUGGCCAGACAGGACCCCCAGGUCCCAUGGGUCCACCGGGAUUACUAGGACUGAAGGGAGACCAUGGCAAAAAGGGAGACAAGGGCCACGGCGGUCUGAUAGGUCUGAUAGGGCCACCAGGAGACAUCGGAGAGAAGGGCGACAGAGGACUGCCAGGAAACCAGGGACUAACGGGUCCAAAAGGAGAUGAGGGUCUACUUGGUCCACAUGGUCCCCCCGGCCCCCCUGGCCCCACGGGUCUGUCUGGUGCUACUGGUACAAAGGGCUCUAAAGGAAACCAGGGUCCAAUUGGUCCCAGAGGAGACACUGGACCUGUAGGACCUCCAGGGCAACCUGGAAUGCCAGCAGCCGGCAUAUCCCCUCUGCCAGAGCGAGGACGGAGAAGGAGAACUCACACCUUGGUGGAUGGUGCUGCACUUGAAGAGGAGGAGGCGUUAGAUGGAGAAGAGGAGGAAUGGAUGCAGAGGGACCAGGCGGAGCAGAUGAAGGAGGAGGGCCAAGGCAUGGAGGAAGUAUUUGCAUCUUUGACCUCUAUGAAAGUAGAGGUGGAGGGUCUGCGUAACCCACAAGGGACAUACCACAGCCCCGCCCGCACCUGCAAGGAGCUCUGGCUCCUCCACCCAGAUCUCCCCAAUGGUGAGUACUGGAUAGAUCCCAACCAGGGUUGCCAUAGAGACUCCUUCAAAGUGUUUUGUAACUUCACUGCACAAGGAGAGACGUGUCUGCAACCUGACAAGAAGUUCCAGUCGGUGAAGUUAGCAGCCUGGAAAGGGGAGAAGUCUGGCUCCUGGUAUAGUAAAUUCAGGAAAGGAAAACAGAUUUCCUACUCUGGGUCGGACGACGUUCCAGUCCACGUGGUCCAGUUGACAUUCCUGCAGCUGUUGAGCGCGACGGCCAAGCAGACCUUUACUUACCAUUGCCUCAACUCCGCCGCCUGGCUGCACGCCACCACUUACAGCCACGAACACGCGCUGCGCUUCAGAGGCGCCAACGGGGAGGAGCUGACACAUGAGAACACGCAUUACAUUAGUGCGCUGUACGACGGGUGUCAGACGCGCUCGGGGCAAGAGAGGACGGUGUUGGAAUUUGACGCUCCGCUGUCCAACACGCUCCCCAUCAUCGACGUGGCCGUGGCUGAUUUUGGGAAGGGGAGCCAGAAAUUUGGUUUUCAAGUCGGCCCAGUCUGCUACAACGGUUAACCAAACAGGGGGAAGAUUACAACAGGAGUAAUUUAAUAGGAAAAAGAGCCACGGACACUUUUUAUAUGCAGGGAGAAAACUACAUUCAAGACUUACCACAUAUUUAUAAGUUGAUUUACCUACAACAGUGUUCCUUCAUCUACACGUUCAUCUGUGAUACAUACAUUCAUUCACUCUCUCUCCUUCAUUUCAUUUUAUUCAUCUCAUACAUUCUCACAACUGACUCGCAUAUUGUGUUUUCAUGAGCAGUGCAUACAUGUAGUGACAGUCAACCACAUCCUCAGUUACACACAUUUUAUUUUUAUUUUCAUAUUUUCAUUUUAUCAUUCCUCUUGGAAGGAGUGAGUGGUGCUCUCACUGUUUCAUUCUUGUCUAUUCAUAUGUGUAUUGAUCUAUGCACUCAUUUCCCACCUAUGCAUAAUCAUACACAAGUCUAAAAACACUACGAACACUGAAUAAUCUUAAAAAAUAUAAAAAUGCCAUAUUUGAGCAACAUUCACCCACCAUGUUGUUCCGUAAUAUCAUCAAACCUCAAAUUGCUGUGUUGUAUUUGUUUGUUGUUGUCACUUUGUUGUUAUAAUUAUCUGUUAUGUGACUGAUAUUGGAGUGUAAUUCAUCACGGUGCUAUUAUGUGGCUCCUAGCAGAGUACAUUUCUUUGUAAAAGGGAACUGGGGCAGUGCAUUUUUUAUAUUGUAAAGCUGUGUUUUAUAUUUUUUCAACAUAAGAAACAAGCUGUUGUACAUGAUUGCCUCAAUGUCUUUCUAUGCAUAGUUGUGUGGGGAAGUGACUGAGUAACAUAUUUUAAUAAAAGUACAUAAUGUACAUUUAAGUUAA